UGCUAGUACUGCUACUUCUACUGCUACUACUGCUACUGCUACUCCUACUGCUACUCCUACUACUACUGCUACUGCUACUGUUACUCCUACUCCUACUGCUACUGCUUCUCCUACUGCUACUGCUACUAUUACUGCUACUCCCACUGCUACUUGCUGCUACUACUGCUCCUACUGCUGCUGCUAUACCGCUGCUGCUACGGCUGCUGCUGCUACUGCUAUUGCUGCUGCGACUGCCGCUACCGCCGUUGCCGCUACUGCUACUGCUACUGCUGCUACUGCUACUACUUCAACUACUGCUACUCUGCUACUACUACUGCUACUACUGCUGCUACUGCUCUUACUGCUACUGCCACUACUGCUACGGCUGCUGCUGCCGCUGUUGCUACUGCUGCCUACUACCUACUGCUACUGCUGCCUACUACUACUGCUACUACUACUGCUGCUACUGCUGCCUACUGCCUACUGCUACUAA